AAAAGUGCAUAUAUAUACUGAACAAUAUACUCAUAUUAUUUCAACCAUAUUAUUAUUAUUAUUAUUUGUAAGAAAAGAAAAGGAAAAUAGAGAAAAUGGAUUCGCGAAGUAGCCAUUUGCUGGAAGUUUCCGUGGGUAUUGAAAAUGGAGAAUUUAAGGGGAAUAAUAAGGAGACCCGACCCGGAAGAACAGCUCAUAGUAUGUCCUCCUCUUCGCUCCGAAAGAAGUCGGAUCUUCAACUCAUAUCCAAAGUUCGGAGUGGAGUUAUGAGAAAUAUUCUUAGUAAUCUUCAAGAAGUUAUAUUGGGGACCAAACUUUCUGUCCUUUUUCCUGCUAUUCCUUUAGCUAUUACUGCUCAAUUCUAUAGUUUUGGAAAGGAAUGGGUUUUUGCUUUGAGCUUGCUUGCCCUUGCCCCACUCGCGGAGCGAGUGAGCUUUUUGACUGAACAAAUUGCUUAUUUCACUGGUCCAACAGUGGGAGGGCUUUUGAAUGCAACAUGUGGAAAUGCAACAGAGCUAAUCAUAGCAAUAUUUGCCCUAAGCCAAAACAAAAUAGAUGUGGUCAAAUACUCCCUUCUUGGUUCCAUACUCUCUAACCUUCUUUUGGUUCUUGGUACUUCUCUCUUCUGUGGUGGUCUUGCCAACCUCAACAAGGAACAAAAAUUUGAUAGGAAGCAAGCAGAUGUUAAUUGCUUCCUGUUGCUGUUGGGAUUGUUCUGUCACAUAUUGCCAUUGUUGUUCAAGUAUGGUGCAAAAUCAAGUGAAGUAAUUGGUGUACCAACGCUGAGUCUAUCAAGAGUAAGCAGUAUUGUAAUGCUGGUUGCUUAUUGUGCUUAUCUUGUCUUCCAAUUAUGGACUCAUAGGCAAUUCUUUGAAGCUCAACAGGAUUCUGACGAUGAAGAAGCAGAAGAAGAAGCUGUGAUUGGUUUUUGGAGUGGGUUUGCAUGGUUAGUGGGAAUGACUGCUAUAAUUGCAUUAUUAUCUGAAUACAUCGUUGGUACUAUUGAGAAUGCUUCAGAGUCAUGGGGAGUAUCAGUAAGUUUUAUCAGCAUAAUAUUGCUGCCAAUUGUAGGAAAUGCAGCAGAACAUGCCGGAGCUAUCAUUUUUGCCUUCAAGAAUAAAUUGGAUAUUUCGUUGGGUGUUGCUCUAGGAUCAGCUACUCAGAUCUCCAUGUUUGUGGUUCCAUUGUGUGUUGUGGUAGCAUGGAUAAUGGGUGUUAAGAUGGAUCUUGAUUUCAAUACCAUUGAAACUGGUUGUCUAGCUCUUUCCAUAAUUGUCACUGCCUUCACUUUACAGGAUGGAAGUUCUCAUUACUUGAAAGGAUUAGUUCUACUUUUCUGCUACAUUGUUAUUGGGGCUUGCUUCCUUGUUCAUCGUUCUUCGCCAAACGAACCAAACAUCUUGGAGUUGCCAAUUCCAUCUACAACCAAUAAAGUCUUCAGACUUUAAAGAGGUUUAAUUCUUCAAAAUGAAUCAUCAAAAUGCAGUGAGCAAGAAAAAAGAAGAAAAAAGUUGAUCAUUUCAUCAAGCUGCAGAGUUGUUCAAAGUUGCCCAUGAAAUCUGGCGCAAAAAAAAAGAUAAAAUAAAAUAUAAACAUGCUCAGAAAAGGUACCUUAGCUUAUAUUUCUGGUCAGCAUAUAUAAUUCAAUUACUAUGGAAAGAAUUAUAGAGAAGCUGGCGCAGAUUCUGAGGAAUGAAUUCAUAUAAGUUUUGUUAUUUAAUUUAUGGUUAUGAAAUUCUAAUAUAUAUUUUAGUUAGUUGUCUCCAUAUAUAAUUCAUUACAAAGUUUGUUUGGGAGGAGAUGAUGUUACUUAAGAUAAAUAAUAUGCAUUGUUAAUUCCUUUGUUAAAUUUUGUUAUUGAUUGGAUAAUAAUAAUAAUAACAAUGAUAAAGCAUUUUUAAUUGUAA